AGCCAAUAAGCUGGGAGUCUGCAUGUCGAGCACUGGUGUGGAUUUGGUGUGCUGUCCGCUCUCUCAGGGGCUUCUUGUACUCAUAUAAAUGUAGGCUCUGUAUGAGCUAGCUGCUUCCUCACAGUGGCCAUGGCUUUUCCUCACUUGUUUCUGCUUUGCUUGCUGUCUUGCACCCUGAUUCAUCAUGGAUGUGCUCGUCCCUCGCGCUCCAGAAAAGCUGUUGCAGGUCAAGAAGAUGAUGACCUGAAGGCACAAAUUAAUAAACUCUGGCAAGAAGUAAACUCCUUGAAGGAGAUGCAAGCGCUGCAAACAGUUUGUCUUCGUGGCAUCAAAGCUCACAAGAAGUGCUACCUUGUUGUUGAAGAACCCAAGCAUUACCAUGAGGCCAACGAGGACUGCAUUGCUCAGGGGGGAACCUUAGCAAUACCCCGAAACCUGAGGGAAAACAACGACCUACGAGACUACGCCAAACUCAGCUCCCCAGGCACCAAAGACUUCUGGAUAGGUGUGACGGAUAUUGUUAAAGAAGGCCAGUACGUCGAUGUCAACAGCAUGCCCAUCACCUACUUCAACUGGGACCGCGCCAAGAAGGAGCCGACAGGUGGAAAACGAGAGAGCUGUGCCGUGCUCUCGCUUUCGGCACAGGGCAAGUGGCACGAUGAGGUGUGCCGCACCGAGAAGAGAUACAUAUGUGAAUACCUCGUUCCUUGAUCUGUGGUUAUUAUGCAAUGAUGACAGUUCAAGCUGGUUGUUAAUGCGGUCUACCAAUGCGAUGUCAUGUACCACAUUUUUGUUGUAGCAUUAAAUGUCGGGUCUGAGAGUGACUGCAGUUUGUGCAAAAUCACAUCUUUAUUGUCUGUAUUGUUUCUCAAUAUUUAGAAUAGCAUACGUAGGGUUGCAAUAGAAAUACAGACAAAACAAACCAAUUUUUUUUUGCAAAAUGAACCAUAUCUGUGUGUAUGUGGUAUUUUUUCUC